AUUCUAUGACUAUUUUGCUCAAUAACAUUUUUUGUUAUUUCUUUGAAAAGAAAAGCAUUUAAACGAAGAAAGUGUGGAAUAAAUAAUUUGAUUUUUACAUACAAAAGUGUACCAAUAUUAAUUGAUAAUUAUGUCAACAUUUUAUAGUUUGGACAUCAAUCGCACUGAAUGGGAAAUUCCUGUUACAUAUCAACAACUUCAACCUGUGGGAUCUGGUGCUUAUGGGCAAGUGUGUAAAGCUCUAGUGGGAAAUUCUGGGAAUAAAGUUGCUAUUAAGAAAUUAGCACGACCGUUUCAAUCUGCAGUGCAUGCAAAACGCACAUAUCGCGAGAUACGUUUACUAAAACACAUGGAUCAUGAUAAUGUUAUUGGAUUAUUAGAUUGUUUUCAUCCUGGACAACCACCUAGCUCAUUAGAGAACUUUCAACAAGUUUACCUUGUAACGCAUUUAAUGGAUGCUGAUUUAAAUAACAUAAUACGAACACAAAAACUAUCUGAUGAUCAUGUACAAUUUUUGGUGUAUCAAAUACUACGCGGACUUAAAUACAUACACAGUGCUGGUAUAAUUCAUCGCGAUUUGAAACCUUCUAAUAUAGGUGUUAAUAAAGAUUGUGAACUACGUAUAUUAGAUUUUGGUUUAGCCAGACCUGCUGAAAGUGAAAUGACUGGUUAUGUGGCGACGCGUUGGUACCGUGCACCUGAAAUAAUGCUUAAUUGGAUGCACUACAAUCAAACUGUAGACAUAUGGUCUGUUGGUUGCAUUAUGGCUGAAUUACUAACUGGGCGAACACUUUUCCCUGGAACUGAUCACAUACAUCAACUUAACUUAAUAAUAGAAUUACUUGGCACGCCAGAUGAUGAUUUCAUGCAAAAGAUAUCGUCAGAAAGCGCCCGCAACUAUAUACGAUCACUACCACAUACGGUAAGACGAAACUUUAUAGAUGUAUUUCGAGGUGCAAAUCCGCUGGCUAUAGGUCUACUUGAAAAAAUGCUUGAACUUGAUGCAGAAAAACGCAUUACAGCCGAACAAGCGUUGGCACACCCAUAUAUGGAAACGUAUCACGAUCUUAGUGAUGAGCAAACAUCACCACUGUAUGAUCAAAGUUUUGAGGAUAUGGAUUUGCCUGUUGAUAAAUGGACACAAUUAGUUUUUACCGAAGUACUAAGCUUUAAACCACCACAAGCCUUUGCUGAAAUUCUACAACAAAGUAAUUAAUCUUACGAUGGUACUCAUUUAUAUUGGUUGUUUGAACAUUUGUAGGUAAAAAUUAUACAUAUGUAUGACAUGUAUGAUAAAAUUUAGUAAUAUAAA